UGCGACAAUCAACAUCCUUUACGACCAAAAGACCAGAUCAAAGCCAGAGAAUUGCUCUUCAUCAUACGAACAGCCAUCACAGGCACAAUUUCUAACGACCUUGACGACCGAGAGCGCAUCAUCUUCUCACAAGCUCCACGACCACAUCCAGAUUCAAUCCCGCAACCGCUCUAAAGGAAGCCAAGAUGUCUGCUCCUCGAACGUCUAUUGCGCCUAUUGAAUCAUUUGCUGAUGUUGAAACGACCAAUUGGAAUGCUGUAAAGUUGAUUGCAGUCAAAUAUGGCAUCAAUCUCAAAUCACCCGAAGAGAUACGUGCUUCUAUGCGUUCUCAUCGAAGAACGGCAUCCACCCAAGAUAUCACAAUGAACAAAACAGAUGAUGGCGAAGAGGAGGACUUAGGAUUGGGUACUCCAUUCCGGAUCCUCGCAAGAACCAAAGCCGAUGGUCGGACUGUAUAUCAUUUGACGUACCGACAUCAGGCUAAUGUUGGCUCAAGCGCGGCGGCCGCAAUGCAUGAGACAGGACAGAUAUUUGAUACGAGUGGAGACACGAGCAGAGAAUCAAAUGAAGCAGAUGAAGCUGGGUACGAUCCUGGAAUGGAUUCUCCAUCUUCCUCACUUCGCAAACAAAGAAAGAAGCAACCUUCAAGUCGAACGUUACGCGUGGCCCGAUCCAUUUCAGCUUUUCGGGUCUUGAAUGGAAGUAACGCUGGCAGCAGUUCGGCAACAAGGUCAAAUGAUGCUUCUGCCCACCGAGAAGAAGAAGAGAUGGAUCAACGUAUGCUUGCUGAAACAUCAGGUUCUCCACGACCUGACAAACUUCAACGAGGUGAUGUAUUAGGUGCAAUAUUAGGAUUGCGUCAAGGCAUCAGCGCUGAAGAUUAUUCUUGGACAGAUGGAAGUCCAGCGAUAUCCUCGCCAUCGAAAUCCAGCAAAGGCAUAUCGAACGAUGAUCGACGUUCAGCAGGAAGAAAUGCAUCGCAAGAUAAACCCUCUUUAUUCUCUGCUCGACCUUCCGAUGCAACUUGGCGUUCAAUCUCGCCUUUUGGUGCUCCGGUUCUGCAACGGGAUCGUAGUGCCUCAAUCCGACAAGAAGCUACGGAUCGAUGGAACCGCUCGCCAAUUCCACGUAUGGCAGAUAUGGGACAGCCAUUGUUCAGCGAUAUGCACCAAAUGUUUGCCAACUCGCCUACAGUUGAAGCGAGCCCGAUAAACAAGGUAGAUGACAAUGAUGCACACUCAGAGGUAGAGUCUAUCUCCAAUGAAGAAGCUGAUCCUGCCAAGAUAUUUGACGUAUUGCAAAAUGACUCCCCACAUCGACAAUCUGUUCGAUCGAACGCUUCUUCCACUUCUUCGCCUGUCGCAUCUACUGCUGGAUCUGCCAAACGUACUCGUGAAUCGUCGGCUAAUUCUACAGAUCGUAGUGAAGCAUCCACCUCAGCUUUGCCGGGAGAUGAUCCUAGAUUUGCUCUAUGGGCUGUGCGCAAUGCGUCAGAGGAAGAUGGAACGCUGGUGCUGUGCUCUCGUCAAGGCGAGGUAGAUGUGCAACCAAUCGAUUCUCCAAAGACGAUGAGCUCUCCUCGACACGCUGGUGUACCAACACGAAAGCGUGGUAGUGUUCGUGCUUCGAUUUCGUCAAACGAUACCGGUGAUGGGUCCUCAGGAGCAGGGGUUUCAAGCAAGCUAUUAUCUCCUUCACCCGCCUCAAACAGGAAAGGGGGUUUGGAAGAAUCUCAACACAGCAUACUUUAUCCCAAGAAUGGCGCUUUUCUCAUUGCUGCUUCUAUGCCAUACAUUGUGGCAGAAUUGACGUCACAUAUCGACAACAGAUUCAUGACCGACUUCUUUUACACAUAUCGAGCAUUCACAUCGCCGCGCGAACUGCUGAGAUUGCUCAAGGUUCGAUUUCAGUGGACUCUUACAGGCAGUGGAAGUGAGAAAGAGGAGGCAAAAAGGAAGAUCGUUCGAGUACGAACGUAUGUGGUGAUCAAAUAUUGGCUUACCAACUUUUUCACCUUUGACUUUUUGCCGAAUCGUGCUUUACGAACGGAUUUUACCGAUUGGCUGAACAGCUCAUCACAAGACCCAAUGUUGAUCUCUAGACCUGCAGAUUUGGCCAUCAUCAAGAAUCUAAAGAAGAUCGUUCGAAAUCUGAAAGCAGCAUACGAAAAUGUAGGAAUAGGCGGUCUAUUGCUUGCAGAUACGACAAACACACCACGAUUACCUGAAUCAAAUUCUCAUCCUGAAGCAUUGGCAGAAGCUGGAAGUGACCCUGCUGUCAAUCUUGAGAUUGGAGAAGCAGGUUUGGAGGAAUCAUACGAUGCGGCUGCGUUAACGAAAAGUCCUUCUGAUAAUUCUAUUUUGCAAAGCGCAAUAGGCACGCCAUCAUUGGGCUCUGAGCCAUUCCGACCGGUUCAUACACAACACAGGGCACCACCGCCUCUGCCAACAUCCCAAGGUGCUUUCUCGCGUGCUUUCUUGACAACGUUUUCAAAACUUUCUCGCUUUACACGACAUAUGAAUACGAGAAACUCUACAAAUCCUCUCUUGAAUGACGGAUCUGGCUUUUCGGAAGGUUCUUAUACAGAGCCAAAGCCUUGCGCAGAUCUUUUGUUUGUUAAAGGAGGGUUAGAGUCUUUCCUGGAUUAUUUCGAUCUACAUCCGUCUCAAUCGACAAAUGGUAAACGACACAAGCGAUCUCAACAAGCCGGUCAAUCUAGCGGAGAUGAAAGUCAAGAUCAUGUAUCAGACGGUACUACCGGACCGGAAGAGGCAACGCCAAGCUUGAGUAGCAAUCAAACAAGAAGCACGCCUGCAAGUUCAUUCGAUCUUCAUCGCGGAUCUCCGAUUACGGGCAGUGAUAAAGGGACAUUUGGUUUAGGCAUUCGUAACGGUGAAUCUUCUGUAGAUGACGACGAUGAAGAAGUGGGAAUUGCAAUCACUUCAGAAGAGAUCAAUCAGCUCGAUCUGUCGGACAAUGAGGCCCCGCCACAUUCUGCAUCUCAUCUGAGCGCCACUCAGGACAUGCUUCAUCAUUUUCAAAGCGAUCAAACAUUGCGUUCCGCUAUGAAGGAUGAACAAAGUCCAACUAGCAUGCGAAUCGCAAGUAGACAAGGAUCAGACUCAAGAGAGGACAACUCUUUUGCCAUGACGCAAAAUCGCAAUUAUCAAUCGAGCAAUAUCGUUCAAAUUGAUGACAUCGAUCUUUCCAGCGAUGAUGAAGAAGAUGGUAUGGUCAGAAGAGCUUUGAGAAGGUUGCCGGGAGCGCGUGAUUUGCGAAUGGCGCAAAAUGUUACGGAAUUAGAAGGUCCAAUCCGUCAAAGCUUUGAUAGCAUUUCCAGUCUUGGACGUGUAUAUGCAGAGUCGAGAAGGUCACUCGCUUCGUAUUAUGGCAAUGAUCAAGGUUAUGGCAGUCUUGAAGCAGAUCUGCAAUCCGAACGUGACGCUCAGCACAUCACUUCAGUCGUUACAUCAGAAAUGUUGGACCCAGACGAGGCUUUACGUGGGUAUGAACUUGUCAAAGGAUUCCGCAUUGAGCAUCUCGAAGAGAGUGACGAAGAGGAGACCGGUGAUGUUGAAGCUGCGCUAAGAAGGCUGGAAGGUGUGAUCGAUGAGGACAAACAACGCGAACGUGCCAAGAGAGUUGAGCGAAUGUGGGAGCGCAGUCAAGCACAAAAGAGUGACGAGCAACGUCGCAAGGAUGAUGUCAAGACAUCCAGCUUAUUACAAUCUUACGAAGCAGCAGCUGCCACAGAUUUGCCUGCCGAUAGUACCACUUCCGUGCAGGCUGACGAUGAAAGAAGAGAUGUUGAAACGCCUGCUCCGACUAUUUCUACCAAGCGAGACACAAGCCGCAACGGUCAUUCAAGACGUCCUUCCUCUGUGGGUACUGCUCAUGACGCAAUGCGUUCCAGGAUUACAGAAACACCUUUAUCAGCAAGACCUGCUACACGCAAGCUCACUGUUGCGCCUGUUCAUCGAUCAUUCUUAUUGGACUAUCAUUCUGACGUGAUUGCACAGCAAUUCAGCUUGAUCGAAGUAGAGCUUUUCCGUGCAGUUGCUUGGCAAGAAUUGGUGACUGGUCAAUGGAAAGUAAGACAUCAUCGUGGUCAAGUGUUGGAUUGGGAAGCAUUCUAUCAAUCACGUGCACGACAAAGAAUCGAGAUGCAAAAUCAAACCACUUCCUCUUCCGAUUCUGGUGCACAAAACCAACAACUAGAAUCUAGCGUCGAAGCAAUUACUGCAAGAUUUAAUUUGACAUGCAAUUGGGUAGCAAGUGAGAUCGUCAUGACAAGUACAAUCGAUGCACGAGCUGCUGUGGUUCGUAAAUUGAUUCGGGUUGCAUGGAAAUGUUAUCAUCAAUCCAACUUCGCCACUCUUACUCAAAUCAUCUUGGGUCUACAGUCGCCAUGGAUCGAACGUUUACGCAAAACUUGGGCUCGCGUUGGAGCUUUGGAGAUGCGAAUGUUACGUGAUUUGAAAGCAUUCAUCAAUCCAGCUCGAAACUUUAAGCAUUUACGUAAUGCGAUGCGAGAAAUGCUCAUCGAAGGUCAAAUGGAAGAACUUAUCACGUCGACCGGACCGCCACAAAUGAUGAAAGGAAGUGGUGCUGGAACGAGUAAUUCACAAGCAUCCCGAUCAGGUGGAAUUGCAUUGAAUGACGGUUGCAUUCCAUUCUUUGGUUUAUUCUUGUCGGAUUUAGCCGUUCAUGAUGCUUUGCCUACAUUUGUUGAACCUUCUUCGCCUGAUGCGGAUGUUAAUAUAGAUUCAACAACUGGUCACUUGAACAAAUUGGCCGAUCCAAACGCAUUCGAUCACCUCAAUGCAUUACCAAAAGGUGUCAAAUUAUCACCUCUUGUUAAUUUAUACAAAUAUCGUAUUUUAGCCAUGACUGUUAAAUCAGUUUUGGCAUUGCAAGAUCGCUUGGACGCAUUCAAUUUUCGCGCUGAUAAGGAUGCUUAUGUCAAAGCACUCAAAAUUCGAUGUUUGGAAGCAGAACAAUUAACUGUAAUCUCUCAUAUGGCUGAACCGUAAAAACGGUAUUUAGCUAUUUCCCCUACAAUUUCCCACAUCUCAGCACAAUCUUUUAUUCAUACCCACUUAUCACCAUACCCCCCAGGCU